ACUUCAGAUGAAUUAUAUUUCAAAACUCCUGCUGCUCUGUUGCUUAGCAGGCACAGUUGUUGUGGCCCACGGAGAGCAAAACGAAUCACGCAGACAGGCUUUGAAUCUAUUUCAUAAUAGCGAAGAUCCGGUUGAUAGGUGUUUGGCGGCAUGCUCCUACUGCUUUUCAGCCCACGAUGCGAAACUUCUUUCUUGUGCAAACGAUGUGUGCAUCAGUGGUGUCGGGACGAAUUUUCCAAGGAGCAUCGAAGAGGCUUGCACUCUACUGAUUGCUUAAUCGUCUAACCGGUAGAAAGUUAUAUUUUUGUUUAUGAUGACAAGUGACAUAAA